AUGUCAUUCGAAAGCCAUCCCGGCUCGCAUCCCCUCUCACACGAGACAGGAAGCACCCAUUCCGAACACGAGCCCCCAAUCCCAACCCCCGGGGUCGGUGGUGCUUCCACUUCCACUAUACAAACCAAACCAAUUCGAUUAGCCCUGGCCUGUAACCAAUGCCGCAAGCGUAAAGUCCGCUGUGAUGCGCAGUAUCCCAGUUGCCGGAAUUGCAUAGUUAGAGGUGAUGUCUGUGAGACGUCGGAUCCUAGGAAACCGGGCAAUUUCCCCGCUAUUCGGCGAAGGGCUACGAGUACGAGGUGUUGUCAGGGUAAGGCGAGAGGAGGUGGGGAGGUUGAGAAGACGGCGCUGUCACCGGCGAGGAGGUCGUUGAGUGUUGUGGCGGCACCUGUGGUUGCAGGUGCUGUCAGCUCCAUCAAUUCUGUGUUGAAUCCGACUGGUCCUUCGCCGGAUACGGAUACCCUGGUCGAUCAUACUCCGGCUAGUAUUGGGAGGAGUUCGAGGAGCGAUGCUGUUCCCGCAGUUCCGUCGGUGAGCCCGGCGACUUCGUCGUGGCGGACGACUCAGAGUGAGAGAUUGGGUGAAGACCAUUUUUCUUGGCAGUCUAGGGCGUAUCAAGUUUGUGCAGAGGCUCAGGGACAAGAUGUUGUUCAGGAGCAUGACUCUGUUGAACAGGUUACAGCUGUGACGCCAAGUGAGGAGGCUGUCCAUACGGAUGAUACCACGAACAAUAGAACCAAGCAUCUGGGUGCGAGCAGUGUGCAAUGUCUCUUCAAUUUUGUCGAUUUACAUCUUGCACGGCAUGGCUUCAGUCAUGCCACUCCUCUAUUCAAGCAUGGCAUGCUACAUACUGAGGAGUUUCCAAUGCCUCUCGUACCGAAACUACCCAUUCUACCUAAUCGCCAGGAUCUAUCAACCUACAUCGAUGGCUUUUUCUCACGGAUAUGGUCAAUCUAUCCCGUCAUCGACCGCACUGCAUUCGAAGCAGAUAUAGAAACCAUCCUCAACUUACAAACAGCCGGACCUACAGCCUGGCAAGAAAAAGUCACACUAUCUCACAUCCCUGCCAUAGUCUCCGUCUACGCAGUGAUAUCUCUCAGCAUGAACGAAAUAUCAGGAAACUCCGACUCAAGCUUUGAUUUUCUCACAGCAAGUCACAGUCUCCAUGGCCAUCUUACAGCAAUACCAUACAUGCCGAGCGUCCAAGCCUUAUCUCUACUAUCUCUCGCCCUUCGAGCCAUCGCCAAAGAUGGUCAGGCAUGGCACAUAAUCGGCCACGCCAUCCGUAUGGCCCAGUCCAUCGGCCUACACAAAUCAGCAACAAAACACCCAUCCGAAGACGGAUUCACUCUCGGCCACCAGUCCGAAACACUGCGAGAACGACUAUGGUGGUCAUUAUUCGGGUUGGAAAAACUCAUGCAACUCGAGUGCGGCAGACCGUCCAUCAUUGAUAGGAGCUACGAUUCACUUACCGUGUAUUACCCGGUCACUACAAGCUCCGAGCAUACAUGCCCGUACUUCCGGGCUUGGGUUGCGUUGAGUAGUAUCAUGGGCAAGAUAUCGAAUCGUCUAUACUCGCACAAGUUUAUGGGUGGAUCUGCCGAGAUGUUGGGUGAAGUGGCAAGUUUAGAUCGGGAACUACUCGAGUGGGAGAAUUUAUUGCCAGAUACUUUGAAGCCUCAGCGGGCAUUGACGGAUCAUGCUGGUCAUGAUCAUCAGAUUCUCGCUACGUUUCUGUCGCAGCAGUACUACCAUGCCCAACUAAGCGUCCUCCGCGUCGCAGUAAUCUACUCCCAACGUAGCAUAAAAGCCGAAGUCACCAAAAACAUCACCGCUCUCCCACACCACACCCGCCUGCUCGACGGAGCCCUAAUAUGCGCCAACGCCGCCCGAACAAUCGUCACCCAAUCCCUACAACUAGAAGAUAGCGGCCUGAAAUCCACCCUCCUCUCGGUAUCACCAACAUACCUCGCAGCAGUCAUCCUCGCCCUAGGCGUCCUCCGCCAACCGACCAGUCGACUCGUACGCUCAGAUAUUGAACUGCUCGCUUCGGCGACGGAGUAUGUGGAGGCUUGGUUUUUGGAACGGGGGUUCGGCAAAGCAUUUACGCAGACUUGUAUGCAUUUGAGGGAGAGGGUUGUUUCUGUUUUUCAGCGUGGGGGGAAGGGUGUGGUUAGUGUGGUGGGUGAGGUUGAGCCAGGGUAUGAGAUUGUUGAGGGUGGGCAAGUGGGAGGAUCUAGUGAGCAGGUACUGAACUCGGUGGAUGGACAGGGAGUGGUUUCUUCGAAUGUGGGUGAUCAGGGUGCGGAGUUGUUUAGUGGGUUUGACUUUGAGGAUCUGUGGAAUAUGGAUUUUAUGGUUUAUGAUGAGGAGAAUCCGGUGUUUGUACAGUAG